UGUCAAUGUCACGUGUAGUAAUGUCAUAACGAUAACCUCUAAACGAAAAAGUCUAAAUGAAAAUGUAUUGCUUUACCGGACAGGGAUUUUUGUGUUAAUUUCGUAAUCAUUUUCUAUUCGUAUUGUGCAAAAUUUUAUAAGUGAUAUCCAUAAAAUUUGAUACAACAUAGUAGCAAUAUCCAACGCAAAAGAAAUCAUGGAAGUCAACUUGGACAGUCUCUUGUCAAAAUUAGAUGUGCCAACACUUAAAUUGCAGUCCCAAAUUCUACAGGACAUAUUGACAUCUAUGAAAAAAGUAUCACAAAAUGAGGAUUAUUUAAAUACAAUUGAUAAAAUUUUAGAUAGAUUGUGGGCUCACUUAACAAUAAUUUUGCCUACAUUUGAUGAUCAGCUAUUGUGCUCAACAUGUUUCUAUACUGUAUUGAUGUAUUCUAAAAAUCAAGAAAAAUAUUUGCAGGAAGUGUCCACUAUAUUACAUGAUUAUAUUUCAAUAGACGAGAAUCAUAGCCAAAGCAAUAACUUUUCAUUAGAAAUAUCAUUAAUGUAUGGUAUAUUUCAAUCUUCAUAUCUUACUCAAGAAAAGCAUAUUGGGGAAUCAAGUGGAAUAAUAUGUAAUAUUAUUAAGCUAAUAUAUAGGAUACUAUUAUUGAAAGCUUAUGAUUACUCUCAGUACACAUUUAUAGUGUUCAAAACUAUUUCCUCAUUUAAGAAAGUCAUUGGAACAAGUUUUCAACAAUCAAUUUAUAAUAGAAGUAAUCAAAUCAAUCUUUUAAAUGCCAUUAACCACAACUGGGAAAAUCCAAUAACAGGAAUAAGAAAUUUAAAUAGGACCAUAUUUCAUACACUUAUUUCAAUAGCAGAUCAAGAUAUUUAUAUUCAAAUCAUAAAAGAAAUUAACACCUUUUACUGGAACAAAGCUAAAUACUUGAUGCUAACUGAGAUUAUCGAACAAUCACAAAGCAAUAUCCAUACAUUAUUGCAAGACAAAGAUUGGAUCAAUGGUAUUUUCUAUAGUUUAUAUAAACCGGGGCUUGUGUCUGCUGGUUCUGACAUGUAUUAUGCAGUAUUAAAAAAAAUUAAUACUGAUGAUGAGUGGUGUGCAAUAUUUCUAAAAAAAUUACUGAAAUUAUUUGUUGGCCAGUCACAAAAGGCCAUAGAAAAUUUUUAUAAUUACUGGUGUUUAAUUUCACUGAAGAAGUUUCCUACAUUGAUGGAAAAGUUUAUUAAUGAAGUAAAUAAAAUGGAAUAUCCUAAACAACAAUUACUAUGUUGUUUGUGCAUUAUGAAACAAGGUAAUAAAAUUGGUUUAUUGGACAAAGAUUAUGGAAUGUCUGAUCAAAAUCAAGUAAUGAAUUAUAUAUAUGAAGGUUUAAAUCAUUGCAACACUCAUGUGAGGAUAAUGGCAUUUGAUGUUGUUUGUGUUUUACAUGGAAAGUACUCGCCUACAAAAUAUGAAUAUGAUUUAAUAUUAAAUUAUCUAUAUAACAAUGUAAAUUCAGAUUGUACUGUUUUAAGGAUAAAUUUAAUAAAUAGUUUAAGCAGUUUUUUGGUACAUCUUCAACACAUUUAUUUAUUAACUAUUGAAAAUGAUAAUGUUCAAGAGAUGGAAAAUUUUUGUAUUAAAUUGCAACAUUUUAUAAUAAAAUCCAUUAAUAUUGAUGGUAACUAUCAAAGAAAAAUUGCGACAAUUAAAAUAAUUGAUUUAGUUUUUAAACAUUUCAACUCUAUCCCAAGUAAGAAGCAAAGUUCAAAAAAAGGAAAAAGAGAAGUGUUAAUGGAAAUGCUUAAAAACAACAACAUAUGGCUCCUUUCAGAGAGAGAUUUCAUUUUGAAAUUGAUCUUUCUGUUGAAAGAUCCUGCAGAUGAUGUCAGGGACAAUAUAUUGCAAGUACUAUUAAAUUAUUACAUUGAUGAUUUAAACAGUACAGACCUGUUAAGUGUAUUAAUAGAGGAUGCAUUUAAAUGCACACAAAGCAAGUUCUUCUACGAUAUAGAAUGUGGAAGAAUUAUAUUUAAAUUAAUAAUUAAGAUUAUAUUAAAAGAAAAACAGAUUUUGGGUAGAUUUAAAAAAGUUGAAGAUGUUUAUGAUUACUGGUACAAUGAACUUGAUCAUGAAAUUAGGUUACAAAGGAAUGUUGUUGAUUCAAUUACUGCAGGAAAACAGUUGUAUUCAAUAAUAGGAAUACUAAGUAUAAUUUAUGCAUCUUGUCUUGAAACUGGUUAUAAACUUAAUAUUAAAGAAGAUAGCAGUUUGGUUCUAAUAAAAAUAUUGGAUAAUGUAUCAAAUCAAUUUAUGGGAGAUGAGGAAGCAACUGUUAGUUUUGAUUUUUCAAAAAUGAGUGAUAUGGUAGAGAAUUAUAUAAAGACAUCUAAAUUUUCACCACAAGAAAAUGAUGAAGCUAAAAUAUCUGGCUUGCAUCAAAUAGUGCUUAGCUGUCUUUGGUUGAAUGUUAAGGCAUCUUGCGAACUUGCAUCCUUGCUACUAGCAUAUAAUAUAGAAGAUGAAGGUACUUGUGAAAAAUGUUUAAAUAUUAUAACACAUGUGCUCGAAACUUGUCGUCAUAAGGGAGCCAUAGAAGCUGCAGGAGCAACUUUAGGUAAAAGUAUACAACAUCUUUCUUCAUUACCACCACAAUAUAAGGCAUCCCAAUUGCCAUUUAAAUUGCUAGAGAAAAAACUAAAGGAAUUAAUAUUUGAGGCAAAUGUCAUGGCCUCAGUUACACGGAGGGGUGCAGGUCUGUCUAUAAUGAUUCAUAGAAUUGUUUCUAGUGAUAUGAAGAAAGGAAAACCAUUAUUUCACUAUUUUAUAAAUGCCUUACUGAAAGUGUGUGCAGAAACUUCGGAUACAUUAAUUGAAAAAGAAUGCAAUGACAAAGAGCAAGACUUACCCAAAGCUAUAUUUAUACAUUUUCUUACUAAAAUAGUAACUGAUAGUAGCCUGGCGUCCGAGAUGAUGUAUUAUUCAGCAAAAUUAGCCAAGCUUGCAUUUGAAAAUUUGACAAGUCCCCAUUGGCAAAUCAGGAAUGCAGCCCUUCAGUUAUAUGGAGCAUUGGUUCCUAAAUUAAUUGGACAGAAAAAAGCAUCAGGUGUUGAUGAAGAAACUGUUGCUACUGUAGGUUGUGAUGAAUUUAGAACUCAUUCCUCAAAAUUGUGGUCUUUCAUCCUUACAAAACUAAAGCAGAUAACAUAUUGUGUUGAUAUUCAAGAACAAUCUAAUUUAGUUCCUAUUUUAAACAUACUAGCAAAUAUUGCAAAAAGAUAUAAUUUUUCAUAUGAUUUAAAAGUUCAAAGGCAUAAUGAUUUGCAGUUACUGGAAUGUUUAAAAAUAUGUUUAGGCAGCCCCAUAUAUACAGUAAGAAGACUAGUUUCACGAUGUAUUAUCAAUAUUUAUUCCUUUAUAGAAAUUUAUCAACUAUUAGUUGAGUAUAAAUAUAUUUCUGAAAAUUCUUUACAUGGAAUUUUGAUGUUAAUGGAUGAAUUAUUCAAGAUAUAUAAAGACUCACCAAAGUCUGAUGUUAUGGCAUUGAGACAAAAAUAUAAUCUUAUCUUGCAAAGUAGGCAACAUAGCUACUUGAAUAGAGUGAUAUUUGAAAGAAUAUUUAUAUCUGAAGACUUAAUUCAAAUAGAUGAUUCUAUAAGUCAAGUAUGUUUGGAAGUUUCAAAGAAUAAGCAUUUACCUGGGGCAUUUGUAUGGGCAAAUUUUAGAAUUAAAUACUUCAUAGAGAACACCACUUGGGAUAUGUUGGCUAGAUAUUUCUUAACUAUUCUAGAUUUUAGUGACCUCGAAUCACAUACUGAAAUAAUUUGCCAGAAACUUGAAGAAGAUUUGCAUUUAGCAGCACAACCGCUAUCACAAAUUGCUUACACAUUAAUAUCUUCAAGCAAGGCUAUAAGUAGCUAUGAGAUUUGGAAAUUUGUUUAUAUAUUAUCAAAGAAAAUUGAAUUGAAUGUACAAAUAAGUACUGAUACAUUUCGGAAACUAUUAAACAAAAAAUUCUGCACAAGGUAUUUUAUACCCUUUGCAGCUAGAAUAUGUGGUAAGAAUUUGCAAGUCGAUGAUAUAAGAAAAAUAUCCCAUGUUAUUUUUGAACUCUGUGAUCCUGGAAAUUAUGAUACAGAUAUGAGAACUAUAAGUGCAUUAGCUAAUAAUGAAUUGACAUCAGUCUUUCCCAAUUUACCAGAUGAUGUCAAGAUUCAUGCCAUAAACUCUGCCAUUAUUCUCUUGCAAGAUGAGGAUGAAAACAUAAGGAACUUGAGCACUGAUUUUUAUCUUCAUUUGACAAAUGAUAACUCCAAGCAUCCCUUUAUGUGUAUCAACUAUAUUCUAAACAGAACAUUCUUGGAAACUGUCUUAAAUAGACCAGAUCAAGGUAUCAAAGAUAUAAAAAAAGAUUUAACACAAUUCCUCUCUUCUUUAAUAAUAUUGGAUAAAGAUAGCUAUAACCCGUUUGCUAAUGAAUCGAAAAAUAUUUACCUUGAAAUUAAUGUUCUGAAGCAACUAUUGGAUAAUCUGUAAAUAUAAUUAUAUUUUUUUUUACCUUAA